AGGAGGACUCGGAUGGUGGUUUAGCUGCUGGCCGGAUGGAAUGAGGUCGGAGAGCUUCGAUGUUGCCCUCCACCAUAGAUGAUCUUGCUAGGCGUUUCUACAGAUACACGUCUGUUGACAUAUGGUCGUUGCACAACUCCCUGGCCUCUGCUUCGUCAUUUUGGGGCUUGAUGACAGUCGCACUGGGGUAAUAAAGACCAUAGACAUGACUGUUUGAGAUGUCACUUGGCAGCUGUGCAAGAAACACAGCUGCACUAACGCUACUUUCGCCUGAGGAGUCUGUCCCGCUGACGGAUGUGAUGCUAACACAGAUUGGGAGAAAGGGGGUUUCGCCAGCAUGGAGGCUUGUUGCAAAGAGCUAUAUAACUGUUACUCCGAUCUGCCCACAAGUACCGGUAGUGUGUUGUUUAAGGGGUUUGAGGAAGAGCGAUGACAUGCCCAUAGGCACUGCGCAACGAAACUUGCCCGACGAUAACGCAACACUGUGUUGGACCGAAAGGGCCGAAAUCAAGCAAUGUCCGCUAGAUCCAACUGCCAUUCUGCCCAUCGUACUCCGUCCAAUUAUCAAUGUCUUUCCUCCCUACGGUUCAUGUUACACAGCUGCGGGAAAUCGAGGCUGUGGGCAAAAAAAGAAGCCAACAACAGCCUUGUGUAGUGUUCCGGUAACCGGGAGCCGAGUCCCAAAUGUGCGAUACUCUUCACCAAUCAAAGAACGUUUUAAAUGAAGGCUCUUGCGUUGCGAUGCACCCGAACUAGUCACCGAGGGAGAGAUAUCGGGGGGUUAGAUCCGGGCCAAUGCCCAAC